AUGUGGGCAUCAAGGCUAGCACUCUUGGCUGUGACUACUGCUGCAUUCGGGGAGCUUGCCUGGGCCCUGAAAUGUUACAGCUGCCCGCAGCCCACCAACGUCUCUGAGUGCAACACCAUUACAGACUGCGCCCCCGAUGAGAUCAUGUGCAAGACGACGAUGUACUCCCUGGAGGACGUGUACCCGUUCUUGGGAGAUGCCACAGUCACAAAGACAUGUGCCCGGAAGUGCGUGCCCUCGGAUGUGGAUGGCAUCGGUCUGACUCGGCCUGUCUCGUGCUGUAACCAAGACCUAUGCAACACGGGAGGAGCCGCAGCCCUGGGGAGCUUUGGGGGUGUGGUCUUCACCCUCCUCUUCUUCACCUUCCUCCUCCUGUACACUAGAAUCUAG